UUGGUCCCCUAAGGCCUCCGUAAGCGAAAGAGGAGGCAGUGUGGUGCCCUCUCGUCCUUCAACGUGGGCUCUGGGCGCUUGCAGAUUUCCUUACCAUGUUGGGUCUCCGCGUGGGCUCCGUCCUUGGCCGCUUCCUCAGACGAGCAGCAGCGGCAGAGCCUUUCCGCGCCCAGCUAAAUGUGUUUCAGGCUUGUUCAUCUUUUGCUACCGGACCCAGACAGGAACUUGGCACUAUCUAUGAAUUUCGCACUUAUGACAUUAAGCCAGCAAAGACAAAAGAGUUUCUUGAAUUGGUCAAUAAAUAUAUUAAGAUUCGUACAGUUCACUCACAGAUGACUGGAUUCUGGACAGCUGAAUUUGGGGCAAUGAAUAAAGCAUUUCAUAUUUGGAAAUAUGAUAAUUUUGCACACAGAGCAGCUGUAAGGAAAGCUGUAGUCAAUGAUAAAGAAUGGCAGGAAAAACUAGCUGGAAUUCUUCCACUUCUGGAUAAGCAGCAUAUGGAAAUUGCUUAUAUGGCUCCCUGGUGUGAGUUGGGAACCCCACCAAAAGAAGGAGUUUAUGAGUUGGUGACUUAUCAGCUAAAACCAGGUGGACCAGCUUUAUGGGGAAAUUCAUUCAAAGCAGCUAUUGAUGCACAUGUUAGUAAAGGCUACGCAAAACUGAUUGGCUUUUUCCACACAGAAUAUGGAUUUCUUAAUACAGUUCAUGUGCUUUGGUGGUUUGAGAAUCCAGAUAUCCGGGCAGCUGGGAGGCAUAUGGCCCAUGAAGAUGCCAGAGUGGUAGCAGCUGUUCGGGAGAAUAUUCAGUUCUUGGAAACCCAACAAAACAUGCUCCUGAUUCCUGCAUCGUUUUCACCUUUGAAAUAGUUUUAUUCCAGUUGAACGACAUCACAUAAAAAAUUAUUUUCUGCAAUCCUCAUCUGUAGUUUUUUAUCCAUAAAGGCAGAUUAAGGGUAGUUUGAAAUAAUAAUCAUUAUAUGUGGAAAAUCAUGUUACCUUCUCAAAUAUUAUAGAUACUUUUCUAAUCAUCUGCAUAAAAAUAGAUUCAAAUUAUAUGAGUAAAUAAGGACUUAGUACAGGAUAUUUGUACUGAAUUGUUUAGAACUGAGAAUAAAAAUAUGGGGGAUAUAUCUAAAAUAAUUUCAUUCUGGUGUUACACUCAUAUUUAAAUAUCUUAACUUAUAAAUAAAACUAAAAACUAAUUAUAAAAUAUAAUAAACUAAAACUGCUCA